UUCGACUUCGUCAACACCUCGCCCGUCUUGCUCUCCCCUCACCCACUCAAUUCGUCCACCUCCACCACCCACCUUCUCCUCAAUAUGUCGCCAGUCUCCGUCUUCCGUGUCGCAACCCGCGCCGUCCGUCCCUCCGGCUUCAUCAGAGCCGCUCAAUUGCCCCGGGCCCGCGUGCAGUUCCCCAUCGCUCAGGCUAUCAGCCGCCCCAGCUUCAGCACCUCCGCUCAGCGCUACUCUGGCCACCACGAGGACGAGACCUACGAGGAAUUCUCUGCCAGAUUCGAGAAGGAAUUCGACGGUGUUCAGGAUGUCUUCGAGCUCCAGCGCAACCUGAACAACUGCUUCGCCUACGAUCUCGUCCCCUCCGUUGAGGUCCUCACCGCCGCUCUCAAGGCUGCCCGUCGUGUCAACGACUUUCCCACCGCCGUCCGUGUCUUCGAGGGUAUCAAGGCCAAGGUCGAGACCAAGGAACAGUACAAGCAAUACCUCGAGGCUCUUGAGGCUCUCCGUCUGGAGCUGGGUGUCCCUCUCCGCGAGGAGCUCUACCCCGAGGAUCAGUAAACGCAGGCAACCUUCCCUCCCCCUUGCCUGCGUGUCCAGAUUCCCCAUCUCGUCGUUUUUCUUUGUCAGGCAGUUUCAAAGAUAGGAAAGCUGUAUACAUACUCUAGAGUGCAGUUGGAAUCAAGUUGCUGAAUGUCUCGGGUGGUCUUCUUGUCUUCGAACCAGAUCCCUACCUGCUUCCGACUUUACUGGCUGUCGGGGAAGGGGUUGAUUGGAGGGUACACGCGUGCUUUUCUAUACCAGUGCUGCUUUAAAUCUUGUGAGCAUUUACCUGUACUCUGUAUUAUUGGGGAGAAGUGUGAAAUUCAAAGAGGAUGUUCUUAUUUCGUGUGUUGCGUUAAUAGUGUAAUUGGAUAGAGGGUAGCCAGGAG